AUGAAUCCCGACGAGAAGGAGGACUGUGAGUGUGCGCCACCACAGGCCCAGCUUAGCCCCACCAGAGGAGACCUGAGAGAAAACGAGGAGUCUGAAAACGAGAACCCAGAAGCAAGCCGAAUGAAGCGAGCAGCUGCCAAGCACCUCAUAGAGCGCUACUACCACCAGUUAACGGAGGGCUGUGGGAAUGAGUCGUGCUCCAACUCGUGGUGCGCGUCAUCGUUGGGGUUCAGCCGCAUGGACAACAACGCGGCGGCGGUCAAAGCGCUGGAGCUUUACAAGGUCAACGCCAAGCUGUGCGACCCCCACCCGUCCAAGAAGGGCACGGCGUCCGCCUACCUGGAGGCGCACGGGAACCAGGACAGCAACAGCAAAAUGAACAACAAGGACAACCACUCCGUCAGGGACAACUUCAAAGAGGUCGCAUACUUGACAGAAGAGAAGAUCUACGAGAUCCUGGACAUAUGCGGCGAAAAGGAGGACUACUCUCCCCUAAUCCGCGUCAUCGGCCGGGUCUUCUCCAGCGCCGAGGGCCUGGUGCAGAGCUUCCGCCGCUCCAAGCCCCACACGAAGGAGGAGCUCAAGUCGCUCCAGGGCAAGGACGAGGACAAGGACGAAGACGAGAAAGAGGCUGCAGCGUGCUCUGCCAAUCUGGGCCCGGACGAGGUCUCGGUGGACGUGGAGGCCGUGCGGCGCGUGUACGAGCGCCUGCUGUCCAACGAGAAGAUCGAGGCCGCCUUCCUCAACGCACUGGUCUACCUCUCGCCCAACGUGGAGUGCGACCUGACCUAUCACAACGUCUACUCCCGCGACCCCAACUACCUGAACUUGUUUGUAAUAGUCAUGGAGAACAGCAACCUCCACAGUCCCGAGUACUUGGAGAUCGCUCUGCCGCAGUUCUGCAAAGCCAUGAGCAAACUCCCGCUGGCGGCGCUGGCCAAGCUGGUGCGCCUCUGGUCCCACUACACGGCCGAGCAGAUCCGGCGCAUGGUGGAGACCUUCCAGCAGCUCAUCACCUACAAAGUCAUCAGCAACGAGUUCAACAGCCGCAACCUGGUGAACGACGACGACGCGGUGGUGGCGGCGACCAAGUGCUUAAAGAUCGUCUACUAUGCAAACGUCCUGGGCGGCGACCUGGAUGUGGAGCACAACGAGGACGAGGACGAGGAGCCCAUCCCGGAGUCCAGCGAGCUGACCCUGCAGGAGCUGCUGGGGGAGGAGCGGAGGAACAAGAAGGGGCCGAGGGUGGAUCCGCUGGAGACGGAGCUGGGGAUCCGCACCAACGACUGCCGACGGCCGCUCGUGCCCUUCGAGGAGUUCAUCAACGAGCCGCUGAACGAGGUGCUGGAGAUGGACAAGGACUAUACUUUCUUUAAGGUGGAGACGGAGAACAAGUUUUCCUUCAUGACGUGUCCUUUCAUCCUCAACGCCGUCACCAAGAACCUGGGCCUUUACUACGACAACCGGAUCCGCAUGUACAGCGAGCGGCGCAUCACGGUGCUGUACAGCCUGGUGCAGGGCCAGCAGCUCAACCCGUACCUGCGGCUCAAAGUGCGCCGCGACCACAUCAUCGACGACGCGCUGGUCCGGCUGGAGAUGAUCGCCAUGGAGAAUCCUGCAGACUUGAAGAAGCAACUAUACGUGGAGUUUGAAGGAGAACAAGGCGUGGACGAAGGCGGCGUCUCCAAAGAGUUCUUUCAGCUGGUGGUGGAGGAGAUCUUCAACCCAGACAUCGGCAUGUUCACGUACGAGGAGCGCACGCGGCUCUUCUGGUUCAACUCGUCGUCCUUCGAGAACGACGGCCAGUACACGCUGAUCGGCAUCGUGCUGGGCCUCGCCAUCUACAACAACUGCAUCCUGGACGUGCACUUCCCCAUGGUGGUCUACCGGAAGCUCAUGGGAAAGAAAGGCACCUUCAGGGACCUGGCCGACGCCAAUCCUGUUUUGCACCAGUCUCUGAAGGAGCUGCUGGAGUACGAGGGCAGCGUGGAGGACGACAUGAUGAUCACCUUCCAGAUCUCUCAGACCGACCUGUUCGGAAACGCACUCAUGUACAACCUUCGGGAGAACGGAGACAAGAUCCCGGUCACCAACGACAACAGAAAGGAGUUUGUGUCCCAGUACGCAGACUAUGUCCUGAACAAAAGUGUAGAGAAACAGUUCAAAGCCUUCAGGAGAGGUUUCCAUAUGGUCACGAACGAAUCACCGCUGAAGUACUUAUUCAGACCGGAGGAGAUUGAGCUGCUCAUCUGUGGAAGCAGGAACCUCGACUUUCUAGCACUUGAAGAAACCACAGAAUAUGACGGUGGUUAUAAUAGAGAUUCAAGGAUUAUCAAGGAGUUCUGGGAGACGCUGCACUCGUUUGGAGAGGAGCAGAAGCGUCUGUUUCUACAGUUCACCACCGGCACCGACCGAGCCCCGGUGGGCGGCCUGGGCAAGCUCAAGAUGAUCAUCGCCAAGAACGGCCCCGACACGGACAGAUUACCCACGUCCCACACCUGCUUCAACGUGCUGCUGCUGCCGGAGUACGACAGCAAGGACAAGCUGAGGGAGAGACUGCUGAAAGCCAUUACCUAUGCCAAAGGGUUUGGUAUGCUCUGA